AUGACGGCUUCCGAAAGCGUUUCAGCCUCCGUAUUGGAAAGCAUCACAUUGAGACGGUAUCAAUGGCCACAGCUCAACGACCGCCAGCCCAUUCCUGCAUUCUACCGACCACUGAUCUUUCUCCUCACUGUCAUCCCGUUCUUCUUCCGAAACCGGCGUUGGGUCGCUAUCUGCGUUUUCAUAUUGAUUCUCGACCUGUGUCUUAGAUCACCAGGUUAUACAUUCGGCAACCCCUCAGCCGAUUACUACAACGGCUCAUUCUUCAUCGCCGCUCCUCUCUGGUUCCUCGAAUUCGCCAUUCUUUCCCCACAUGAGGGGCCAGACGCCCCAACUUACGUCGGAAAUGCAAGCUGCAGCGGUACUGGGAGCAGGGAGAGCUUGGAUGUUAUGAGACCGACGUGGCGGAAAGUACUCCGUGUGUGUUCGCUCAUGGUUCCGUCGCAUCGCGGUAUCGGUUGGAACUGGCAGGUCAAAGGCGUUCCUGACGAUCCAUACAUAUGCCUUCCUAAAUGGGCCUUCGUGAGGACGCACAUUUGCAAGGCGUCAAUAGCGUAUGCACAAUCCUUGGGAAUGCUGGUGCUGCUGGCAUGGGGUUCGACCGCGGAGGCACGGCUGUCAUCGGGAGCCUAUUUGCAUCGUCUCAUCAUCAAUAUGCUCAUUGGCUGGUUCGGUGCAAUAUGGGUCUUGGGCCGAUUAAAUGGCUUUUACAGCUCAAUAGCGGCGGUUUCCGUCGCGGUAGGAGUGUGCGAGACAUGGCAAUGGCCACCACUCAUGGGAAACCUGAGGGAUGCGUGGUCCAUCAUCUCGCAACCCGCAGUUCGCAUAGCUCGCCUUCUGGGUCUCCGCAAGGGCAGUCUCGGAUCUGCACUUACUCAGCUAUUCAUAUCUUUCGCAAUCACCUGUUUGAUACACAAGUUCCAAAUGUUCAUGGUAACGCGCAGAGACAUGGGAGAACUGUCAUUUUUCAUGUCCCAACCGGCAGCCAUUGCUGUCGAAAGCCUUGUGCAAUGGGGUUUCAGUCGGAUACGGUCCCGAACAGCUGGCCCUGACAAUAAUCAACCUGCAUUGUCAAUGUAUGCAGGCUAUAUCUGGGUAGUCUUCUGGUUCUCCGUUAGUCUACCAGUCUACGUGAAAGGUUGCAGAGACGCAGGGAUCAUCCGUGAUGAACUCUUCGGUAGUAGACCUUUCGAUGCUGGAGUGCGCUUGGCGGAUUGGACUUCUUAUUGA